UAAUUAGUUCAUUUUGUCGAUGAAUCACUUCGGACUGUGAAAAAGAACGCGUUGAAUGGAGCAUAAUCGUGCAAACUGAAACUGGGUGAGUACAAUCUCUUUUCUCUUCACAAAUGUAUCAUUUUCUCAUUGCUAGAUUUACCCAUCAUAGAAUCCUUCACUCUACUGUUCUAUGCCGCAAUGCUUAUUCUCUUUUCCUCGAUUCUUGUUCUUUCUCUGUUUCUAACACAAACCACCAUCAUCAAACCGACAACUUUACAUUGUCAGCCCUCGUAAAUUCAUGCGGUUUGUCCCCUGAAACUGUCCUUAAACUCUCCAAAAGGUUGCAAACCAUAAACCCUAAUGGCCCAAACGCUGUAGUUCAACUUCUCACCAACCAUGGCUUCUCUGAUUCCCAGUUACGCAGCUAUGUAAAGAAACAACCUUCGGUACUUUUAUCAGAUGCUGAAAAGACCCUUUUGCCAAAGCUCAAAUUUUUGCAAUCCAUUGGGGUUUCAACCACUGAUCUCCCCAAAAUCCUAAUCAGGAACACUUCCUUUUUGUCAAAAAGCUUGGACAAACACUUAAUACCUCGCUAUGAGAUCAUUAGAAGCCUAGUUUGCAAUGAUAAAGAGGUGGUUUCAGCUUUGAAGCAUGGUUCCUGGAACCUUAACUGUGGCUGGGUUGUAAAUGAUGCAGCUCUGAACAUUGAGGUUUUGAGGAACCUUGGUGUUCCUCAAGGUUGCAUUUCCCUUUUGGUAUCCAAUUUUCCCGGUGUAGCAUUCACCAAACACUCGAUAUUUGCUGAGGCUGUUAAUUCAGUCAAGGAAAUAGGGUUUGAUCCAUCAAAGUCGAAUUUUGUUUUGGCACUCCAGGUGUUUGCGAAAAUGAACAAGGAUAUUUGGGAAUCAAGAUUUAAGAUUUUCGAGAGAUGGGGUUGGUCGAGAGAUAUGUGUCUUUCGGCUUUCUUAAAGCACCCGCAAUAUAUGAUGAUCUCAGAAAAGAAGAUAGUAAAAGCGAUGAACUUCUUGGUGAAUGAUACUGGUCUUAGCCCCGAAGAAGUUGCGAGAAGGCCUGGUAUGCUGAACCGCAACUUGGAGAAGACGUUUAUCCCUAGAUGGGCUGUUCUUAAAAUUUUGAGGUCAAGGGGUUUGGUAAAGAGUGAUUUACGCAUAAGUAGCGUUAUUUCGAUAAGUGAGGAAAAGUUUUUGGAGAGAUAUGUGACCCGAUUUCAGAAAGAUGUGCCCCUGUUAUUGGAUGCAUAUAAUGGUCAGGUGUUAGAUUGAUCAUCUUGGUAUACUCGAAUCUUUGAAAGUUUGAAUUAGUUAUACUUGAUUGCAAAA